CAUGAAACAAGAUAAUUUAAAGCAAAUUAUUUGUUUAUUGUAAAUAUAAUUUAUGAAUUUCUAUGACCUUCACAAAAUAAAACAAUCCUUCUUAAAACCAUCUUAAAGAUCAUCGUACAGCAGACUACAUUACUAUCCAUGUAUUUUGUUGAAAUCUUGUACACGGUUCAUUUUUCAUUAAUCUAUUAAUUCAAUGGUGGCACUAUUUUUUCAUAUUUCUUAAUACGAUACAAAAAUCAAUAGUUUAAUUUAAGCACAUAAAACAUUGAAAUUCGUUUGUAUGAUUUCUAAGGCGAAGUACAAAAGUGACAGCAUUAAGAACAAGUAGAACAACUAGAACAAUUAGAACCCUAUGAUAAUCAUGAAGUUCAGUGGGUUGGUGGAUCAUUUGAAUGGCCAUGUGCAACUACGAAAAGUAUGUUUAAAAAUAGUGGUCGUUACAUUUCGAAAAACGUGAUUGCAACGAGAGCUGCAAUUUUCAAUGACGAUGCUUUUUUGGCUCUACCAAGAUUUAGGCCUGGUAUUCCAGCAACUUUGGCUAGAGUCUCUCUCAAUGACAGAAACUGUCAAGCUAAUCUCUAUGCUUUCCCAUGCUGGUCCGUUCAAGAGGAAGGUACAUUGAAAGCAUUGCAAAAUGUUGUGGAUCUUUUCUUGGAUCCUCAAGAUAUUCUUUGGGUUUUGGAUACAGGUGUAAUUCAUACUUUAGAGGAAUCUGUACGUAUGUCCCCACCAAAAGUUGUCGCAUUCAACGUGAAAACAGGCAAGCUCGUGAAAACGGUUGAACUUGACGGUUUAACCAUACCUUCAUCUAGACUUCAAUACGUUGUUGCUGAUUAUAGUCCGGAUGGACGUGUCUUCAUUUACGUAUCGGAUGCUGCAACAAGAGCAAUUUUGGUCUACGAUGUUACAUCUGGUCGUGGUUAUAGAUUCGUUUUACCCAAAACUGUAACCAUGAGUUCUUCUCGAAGAGAUGUACUCUAUUUGGCUCUUAUUCGUCAUGCCGAUGGUAGUACUUGUCUUAUGUUCACUUAUUUAUCAAGCAGUCGUCUGUUCUCCAUCAAAACGGAAUAUCUUCGAAACGGUUUAACGCACGGAAAAAUUCAAGAUAUUGGAAUGAAGCCUAAACGUUUAGUAAUUCUAGGCACGGACAACGGCAAUGCUCUGUUCUUUAGAUACGAAGGCGAAGGUAUCGUUCAAAGAUGGGAUACAAAUACUCCUUUCCAAUCGGAAAAUUUCCAAAAGGUUUAUAAUAGUGCUACUUGUUCUUUGGCAACUCAUGUUAUUCCUGAUUAUAAGAGAAACGGUAUGCGUGUAUUGGAAUCUAAUUUCCCGGAUUACAUAGAAGGCACCGUUGGAUGUGGAGCCAAUCAAGCUCUUAAUAUUAUGUAAACUUUAUUAAAAAAAAAAAAAAAAAAGAGAAAAAACAAAAAACAAAAAAAGCAAGAAUAAAAUAAAAUGCAAAUUAAAAAUUGUUUCGUAGUGAUUUUAUACAAAAACACUAGAAAUCCACUUAACGACUAGAUAUUGAUCGUGCGGAUAAGGCUUUGUUCGAAUACGUAAUACGUACUUACUUAUUUUAAACUAUUCACGAUCUUGUACCUAUAGAAAAGUGCUAGUCAAAUAACUUAAAACAUAAGAACCUUUCUCUG